AUGCAUUGUGUUAAAAAUAUAAUAAAAGUAUCAAGACCUUUGAUACAGAAAAGAUUAUUAAAUAAUUCCGCAGUUAAUCCUGCAACAAGUGCCUCUGCUGCUUCUACAAUUUCAAAUAAGAUUAAAGAAGAAUUACAUAAACCAGGUCAAGAUAUUAUUAAAAAUGCAUUCCAAGUUAAUCAAGAUAAUGGGACAAGACCUAUUUAUUUAGAUGCUCAAGCUACUACUCCAACUGAUCCAAGAGUUUUGGAUGUUAUGCUUAAAUUUUAUACUGGUUUAUAUGGUAAUCCUCAUUCAAAUACACAUGCUUAUGGUUGGGAAACUGAUAAAGAAAUUGAAAAAUCAAGAAAACAAGUUGCUGAUUUAAUUGGUGCUGAUCCAAAGGAAAUUAUAUUUACAAGUGGUGCAACUGAAUCAAAUAAUAUGGCUAUAAAAGGUGUUCCAAGAUUUUAUAACAAGACUAAAAAACAUAUUAUAACUUCCAAGACUGAACAUAAAUGUAUCUUGGAUUCUGCGAGACAUUUACAAGAUGAAGGUUUUGAUGUUACUUAUCUUUCAGUUAAUGAAGAUGGAUUAAUUGAUUUAGAAGAAUUAGAAAAAGCUAUAAGAAAAGAUACUGUCUUGGUUUCAAUCAUGGCUGUUAAUAAUGAAAUUGGUGUUAUUCAACCAAUUGAAGAAAUUGGUAAAAUUUGUCGUAAAAAUAAAAUUUUUUUCCAUUCUGAUUGUGCUCAAGCCGUUGGUAAAAUUCCAAUUGAUGUUAAUAAGAUGAAUAUUGAUUUAAUGUCAAUUUCAUCUCAUAAAAUUUAUGGUCCAAAAGGUGUUGGUGCAAUUUAUGUUAGAAGAAGACCAAGAGUUAGAAUGGAUCCAAUUAUUACAGGUGGUGGUCAAGAACGUGGGUUAAGAUCAGGUACUUUAUCACCUCCAUUAAUUACAGGUUUUGGUGAAGCUUGUAGAAUUAUUAAAGAAGAUAUGUCAUAUGAUCAAAAACAUAUUGAAAGAUUAUCAAAAAAAUUAAUGGAUGGUUUAUUAUCAAUGGAACAUACUCAAUUAAAUGGUUCAAAACAACAUAGAUAUGCUGGUUGUGUUAAUGUUUCAUUUGCUUAUAUUGAAGGUGAAUCUUUAUUAAUGGCUUUAAAAGAUAUUGCCCUAAGUUCAGGUUCUGCAUGUACUUCUGCUUCAUUAGAACCUUCUUAUGUUUUACAUGCUUUAGGUGCAGAUGAUGCACUUGCACAUUCUUCAAUUAGAUUUGGUAUUGGUAGAUUUACAACAGAUGAAGAAAUUGAUUAUGUUAUUAAAGCUAUUAAUGAACGUGUUGAAUUCUUAAGAGAAUUAUCUCCAUUAUGGGAAAUGGUUAAAGAAGGUAUUGAUUUAAAUUCUAUUGAAUGGUCUGGUCAUUGA